AUGCUGAGCCAGCGAUUGGUGCGAGCAGCCGGCGCGGUGACCCCGCGUUCCGCGCUGCGAGCAUUCAGCUCCACGAGCCAGCAGCUCAAGGUGCCCUCCAUGGCCGACGUCAGCGCCGCGCCCAAGAGCGUCGCCUCCUUCAACGACAAAUCGAAGCAAUUCCGAGAGCAGUUGGUCGAGCAGCAGAAACAGCGGGAAGCAAGUGCGUAUACUCAAUCCUCCUCCUCCCCUGCCUCUUCCUCUGAGCCCGCCCAGGACUCAUCCGUGAGUGCUACUUCAGGACAGAAGGCCGAGGCCACCCAGGAGCCUUCGCGCAAGGCCGGCCCCUUGACCAACCUCAUCUACGGCACCAAGGAGGGUCGCGAGCUCGAUGCUCAGCUUGAGGCGAGCUUCAGUCAGGUCCUUGCCCGAGGCAAGUACGUCCAUUCGAUCGUCCAGCACGAGGUCAAGCCCGACAAGGUGGAGGAGUACACCAAGCUUGUUGGCAGCUGGUACCCGCGCAUGGCUUCCAUGCCCGAGAAUAAGGUCCAUCUAGUUGGAAGCUGGAGAACCGAAGUUGGAGACUGUGAUACGUUUGUCCAUAUUUGGGAGUACCAGCGCUACCAGGGAUACCACGAGUCAAUCCACAACAUUGGCUCCCACCCCGAGUUCGCCGAGUUCGAUAAGAAGCUUAAGAGCCUCAUCACCUCGAAGAAGACAUCUCUGAUGCAGGAGUUCUCCUUCUGGCCCACCACGCCUCCCCGCCAGCUUGGCGGCAUCUUCGAGCUGCGAUCAUACACUCUCCACCCCGGCAACCUCCUUGAGUGGGAGACCCACUGGAGACGCGGCCUCAAGGCGAGACGCGAGGUCAUGGAGGGUGUCGGCGCUUGGUUCGUGCAGAUAGGAGACCUCAACACCGUUCACCACUUGUGGCAGUUUGCCAACCUCGAGGAGCGAAAGAUUCGCCGCGAGAAGAGCUGGAGUGUCGAGGGCUGGAGCGAGACUGUCCACAAGACUGUGCCUCUUAUUCAGAGCAUGAAGUCGAGAAUCUUGAUCCCGAUGCCCUGGUCUCCUGUGGCGUAA